ACAGUGACGAGACGCGUUUUUAUAGACUUCCUUUCGGCUAACACAUCUGAGGCUAGUCAACGAACAGCCAGACGGAUGCGCUCCUCGUUUCAUUGGUCCUUGUGGUCUGUGUCACGUGCAGGAACAGGUCACAAUCUGAAUUCUGCAAAUGUUAUCAGUGAAAAAGGUACUCACGAAAACAGUAUUCUAAGUCUGAACAAAGAUACUGCAAAGUUGUUCCCCUUGAUCCCUGAUCAUCUCCAACAACCCUCAACAAGUCCAAGCCCCCCACAGUCCAACAAAACUACAAAUUCCAUCCUCAAAAACUCGGCCCUUCUCAUACACACUCCUCCGAACACAGAUAUUACUCCACCCUCCCACCUCAAAAGGAAAAUCUUAUCACCCCAAAAGAGUGAAAAUACCCCAUCCUUGAAGCCCCCCAAUACAUUGACACAGCGAAUCAUCACGUCUCGGGCCUUUUCUUUCCCUAGCGUGCACUUAGCACUACGGUAUUUCCCGCAUCCUUGA